UUCGGGUCCGGUCACGGUUUGAGUCUCUCCCAUGUUUGGUGUUGCAAACUUCCGUUUUUUAAGCACUUCUUCCUUCCAUCGAUCGUCAAUCGAGGUGAAGUGUUGCAGACGAAUGUAUAUUCCAUCUUCUAAGAUCCAUUUUUGCUAGAAAAAAGCUCUUUUUGCUGACAAAAUUUCCCUCGAAAGGACCGAAUGGGGAGGGCCAUAAUUUUCUGCAGACUACUCUACUGUUCAGCACAGUGAACUCAGUGAACUAGAAGCCCUUGUUGGCGUAGCUUUAGUGAGACACCGAAGGGAGAACAGGAGGAGGUUUCGUUCCAACAACAAGCGUCUGUUCAGUGAGUAGGCGGGUGGUGGUGUGUCGGGCUGUGUUGGAGAUAGACGCACGACAGCUCGCCAUUAGAACCCCCCUCCCAUCCACGACGACAUUCUUUGCAGUGUUUAUCUGGCUGGUGUGGAACAAGCAGCGGGCCCCAUUUUACGGGGCCCUCGCCGGUAAGAUUCCAAUCUUGCAGUUCGUUGUGUUGCUGUUUGUCUUUCCAACAUGAAUGGUUAGACAGAUGUUACAUCUAGUCAUUCUUUAACAACAUUUCUGCAUUGUUUACAUCAUGCCGAGGCACAAGCCCACGCCACCUAGCAACAACGACCCCAAGAAGCGCAAGUACAGCUCUACAGGGUCCCAAACUGAUGAAGAGCUGGAUACGGAAGGGUCAGACAUCAAGUCAAUUUUACAAACAAUUAAGGUACAACUUGCAGAACUGGCAACAACCAAGCAACAGGUAGGAGAGAAUUCAUUACAUAUUGUAAACAUUGCAAAAGCCUCUCAACACCUGGAAGAUGAAGUGUCGGACCUGAAAAAGAAACUGACAGAACUUUCUGAGAAGGUGAGGAUUUACCAGGAGAAUCAAGUUAAGUAUGAAAGAGAAAAGGUAAAGUCACAACACAAACAAGUCCAGAUGGAAGCUCAGUCUCGUAGAGAAAACCUCAUUUUCUACAAUGUUCCAGAGGAACCAUCUGAGAAACCCCAGCGUACAGAAAAGCUACUAACCCAGAUUCUCGAGCAUAACGCCAAAAUCCCGGGUAAUGUUGUGAAAAACAUUAAGUUUCAACGAGUUCAUCGCCUGGGAAGGACCCGUAUUGGCGAUAAUGCGCGACCGCGGCCGAUCAUCGCGAAGUUUGUAUGGUUUAAGGAUCGGGAGAUGGUAAGAGGUGCGGCCAGAAAUCUGAAAGGCACAAACUUCGGCAUCGCAGAGGACUUCCCAAGGCAGAUUCGAGAGGUUCGGAAGAAACUCAUGCCGGUUCUCAGGGCAGCACGCGCGGCGCAGCCGCCGAAAUUCGCCGUUCUUAACGUCGACCAGCUAUAUAUCGACGGUGAUCUGUACACUGGACCGGAAAGUAAAAGACCAUAUACUACUACUUAAGAACAUGGAACAGUAUUGAACAGUGAGAAACAUGGCCCCGAACUUGUUA